CAUUUGACUUGACGAAAGAAUUCCCAAAGCUUACUUGCUUUAUUUACAUCGAUGCGCAAAAGUUUCUGUGCAUCACUUUUCUUGAAUGGUAAGGCCCUUUGGACAUAUCUUCUAGCAGCAGAAACAAGUGUAUGCUUUCCAGUUAAAUAUUGUACUGGAGUAAGGCGUAAUAUUGAAACUACUUUUGCUUCAAUCUCAUGUAGUUCACUAUAAUGAGGUAAAUGAGCGAUAUUAAGAGGUUGUCCUUUCCAAGUGAUAUCUGGAGUAUAAUUAUCCAAGAUACUGUGAUCUAUAUUCAAUUCUUUGAUGACACUUAAUAAUUCAUCAUGUCGCAUUGGUGGUGGGGGAGGUAUUCUAACCGAUUUGAUGUCAGUUGAAGUGAUAUCAGUAUUAAAAAUCGAUUCCAAAAGUCCUCUAUCUGUCAUUACCCUGGCCAAACUAUUUCCCUUUCUCUUUCGUUCAGGUUUGAUGACACCAGAACGUUUCACUCUAGCUUCUUUGUGAUGACGUCUUCUUCCCGAUGAUUUCUCCUUAAUCUUUAAGGAAACGUUUGACUUCCUAUCUGAUUCAUUGUUGGAUUCAACCAAAGAAAUGGGUGAGAAUUGUGGAACGGAUGUUGUUGAUGACAUUUGGUUUUUAGAAAAUUGACGGGAAUCUACUGAAUCAGUAGGUGACGUAGCGGCAGAAGUGUCAUUGCUGCGUAAGAUUGCAGCAGGAUCUUUCAUAAC